AUGACUGAUAAAUUACCACCAAAUUUGUUGGCUCUGUUUGCACCGAGGCCUCCACUCCCGUACUCUAAGCCGUUAGACAGAGAUCCCGCAAAACGCAAGGGUCCAACAAUUACCGGUGUUGGGAAUUUAGUACAUUUGCUAAAAGAUUAUGAUCCAGGCUAUGUCCCAACGGAAACAGUUGAAGAAAAGAAGAAGCGAAAAUCGGCUGAAAAAAAACAAAAAUCUGAAGAUGCAAUCAAGAAAGGGGAUCCUAACAAAGAUGAAAACGUGACUGGGGAUCCGUUCAAGACACUAUUUGUCGCUCGUAUGAGCUACGAAAUGACUGACAAAGAUUUACGAAGAGAAUUUGAAAUGUACGGCCCUAUCGAAAAUAUACGAAUCGUGAAAAACAAAUUGAAUGGUAAACCUCGAGGUUAUGCGUUUAUUGAAUUUGAACGAGAAAAAGAUAUGAAAGCUGCGUACAAAGAUGCCGACGGCGUUAAACUUUUAGGACGACGUAUACUUGUUGAUGUGGAGCGUGGUCGGACUGUCAAGGGUUGGCGACCUCGUCGCCUCGGUGGAGGACUCGGAGGAACCCGAAUAGGAGGUCCUGAUCAAAAUCAAAAAUAUUCGGGUAGAGAAGGUUCAUAUGCUAUUAGUCCGGGCUUUACACACCUUCUUGGUUACGAUAAAGAGUAUCGUUCCGGCUAUUCUUCACGCGCCGUGACAAGUGCGGGUUACGGGCAUGGUGGAAGUAGUAAUGGUGGCAGGUACGGUGGCAGGUAUAAUGAUAGAGGUGGUGUAGGUAGUAGUAGUAGUGAUCGUGAUUACAGACGACGUAGUGGUCGCAGCCGCUCGAGAAGUCCAGGAGGAUAUAGAGAUGAUAGGUAUGGUUCGAAAGGUAGGGAUAGAGAUAGAAGAAGGGAUCGCAGAUAA